UUGUCUUGGGCCUGGAAAGCUGAACCCUCGCUUAGUGCUUACUAAGAGCGAGUGCGGAGAACGCCAAAGGGCAACGAGAUACGGCGCUAUCCGUCCAGCUUCCUAUCCAGCGUCCAUCGCAAAAGCGCAGGUGGCAUUCACAUCCCAUAAAUGAAUAAAAGUAUAUAUCCUAGGCACUCUUUUUUGGUCGUUGUGUAUUUCUGUUUGCAUGUCUCCCACUUCAAUGCUGGGUUUGUCUCCACCGUUCCUGGUGGGCCGUUCGUACCGCACUGCGCAGAGAAAGAUUCGGGGGGCCUCGCGCCGUAUCCAUUAAACCCGAUAUUGCGCCCCCAUAAUUCCUCGGCCCAACUACGGGACACAUGUGCCCAAACAGUAGCUGGUCCAUACAGGAGCCCUUGGUCACGUGCUCGCGUCCCUGCAAAGGGCCGCCGUUUUUUUCUCACGCCACUCUGUUCUGGUUUGCCGGGGCUUGUCUCGCGCUCCCCUUUUGCUGAUCAGUUCGCCCUGCUGACAGACUGUGAGGAGCGCGGGCGGAACUGCCGGCGUACGACUUUGCUGGGGACGUGUGCACACCAAAAGUCUCCCACUGCGGGCCCAUCUUCACUCCGCCAGUUUUUCUGCCCUUUAUCUGGCCUGGAUCCCGGUCAUUUUUUGUACUCGGAUUUUAUUUUCGGCCAUUUGCCAUCAACACUUGUAUUCAAGAAGUGUCGAGCGCACAUCACACACCAAUAAGAACCACGCCCCUCCCGGUGCUUAUCCCUGUUUCAUAUUCGUUUCACCCUCCACGAGCCUGAUCGUUCCUGGACUAGCUUUUCUCACCCGCUGUCCUUUACUUGUGUCUUAGUCAGCCUUUCUACAACCACGGCGUGCAAAAAAAAAAACUAAGUUCAUAAGACUCUCAUACAUCGUCCAGUAUCAGAGCGCU